UGUGGGAUUUUCAGCUUAUUUUAGGGUUCUGUUCUCAACAUUAUCCCCACACAUAUCUGGGUUAAAGCGGAGCCAGCAAGGAGAGUCUCGAAAGUCUAACCUAACAUCUUGUACCGUCUUGUCUGAGCUUCAGUUUCAACCUCAGGCUAAAUAGCAAUGGCAUCACGUUUAUAAAUAUUUGAUGGAAAAUAAAUCGUGUGCAACCCACGUGAUUGGAUUGAGAUAUAAUUAUCCUACGUUUGUUUGUGUUGCCGACAGGCAACAGUUAGCGCAUGGAACAGAUUCACUUACAGCUAAUGCUAAAAGCAUGUUCUGCAUGAAGAUGUUUUUCCAAACCACUGCUUGUGCAUGUUGUAAAAAAACUCAUAGCUUCAUAACAAACCUCCAAACCUCCUCAUGGAGGACUUGCAGCAUCUUGCCCAUCCAUGCCGUUAACUCCAGCCUCUCUCCAUCUUCUGCCUUCCCUCCAGCCUUCUCCGUUACGACCCCCAAGGCUGACCCCCGACCCCCAAGGCUGAUUGGCUGUGUGUUCCAGAAUCGAGCUAACGUCACUUGCCAUUGGGAGGCUGGUGACACCCCGACGACAAACUUCACUCUUGAAGGUCUUUUGUAUUUUGAUAUAACAAACAAAACUGUGAAGCUGUUCGCCUGCACCACAUCUGACAACAGCUGCACGGUACGGCACGGCAAAACAGUGAGGAACGUCUUUUGCAUCACCAUCACAGCACACGGGCGCAACGGGAGCAUAUCGUCACAAAGACGGUGUCAGCCUGGUAGGACUGAAGUGAUGUUGCCUCCAGUCAUUUUGAACAGCAUAAAGUCAGUCGGUCGGAGUCCUCAGUGUCUGAACGUAACCUGGAGCUACGUCUCGGGUUGCUUUCCUCUGUCUCCCGAUGAAAUCAAAUCUGGAGACCUGAAAUCCCAAAUAGAGUUCACGGCACAGGGGCAGUUUGAUGUGCAGGUGGAAAACGUGACAGUCAAAGACGUCAGCUUCCUGGUUUGUCUCUUCAGGCCUGACACUUUAUACACUGUCAGGCUUCGUCAUCGCUACAAAGGACCAGAGAGUCCGUGGAGCCCGUGGAGCAAGGACCUACAGGGAAGGACAGGAGAGGACGCUCCAUCUGAAGCACCAGCUUUCUGGAGGCAAGUGAAACAAACAGACAAGAACGGUUUGAGACUCACCUCACUGCUCUGGAAGCCCUUGCCUCACCUUAUAGCCAAUGGCAGAGUUCUCUUCUUCAAUGUGACCUGUCAGACAAAAAGCGCCCAGGUCCUGAACGAUCACAUGAGCUGCAGAGAUUUGCGCCCUACGAGUACGUCCUGCAGCUUGCUCCUGCCUGCUGAACCAUGCUCCUGCGCUCUGACGGCCUCCACCUCUGCAGGGACCUCGCCAGAAGCCCGAAUAUGGCUCAGUGGAGCUUCUGAGACAGAGCCACCACCCCCGAGCCAAUUCACUGCAGAUCGACUGAAUGACAGUGCCUUGGAUGUUUGUUGGAUGGCUCCAGUUUAUAGGUCAACGAGCGGCUUUGUAGUGGAGUGGUUUGCUGUCAGAGUGAAAACCAGUAGCAUCCUUUACUGGGAAAAGCUGAAUAGUUCCCGUACAGCGCUGAUCAUCACAGAGGGUAUAAAGCCGAUGGAGCGUUAUGCUGUUUCUGUCAAAGGGCUGCAUGGUGAGAGAGGGGCGGGGCAGAACCGGACGCUUCCCAUUUAUACAUGCCAAGGAGUGCCCUCGGCUGGUCCUAAAGUGGUGGUGCAGAAGAUCUCCGGCAGCAGAGUGGAGCUCACGUGGAGUCCUGUACCUGUGGAGCAGCUUCAUGGUUUCAUCCGCUUCUACACAAUCUUCUACACAACAGCAAACCAACAAGACAGGAAAGAGAUUGUGCCCGGUCAAGAUCUCCGUUACUCUCUGAAGGAUCUGUCACCUGGUAACUACAACAUCUGUUUGGUGGCCAACACUGACGCUGGAGCUGGAGCAGCUGGGCCCAUCGUUAAUGUGCACAUAGAGGCUGAGGAAAUCCCGAUGCAGCUGUAUGCCAUCCUUUCUGUCAUUCUGACUUUACUGGCGUUGGUGCUGAUGGGCUGCCUGGCACAGAAUAAAAGGCUAAAACAGAAGCUGUGUCCAGUCGUACCUGAUCCUUCCCAUAGCAGCAUGGCCCACUGGACCCCAAAAAGCCCUCCGGAGAGUAUGAAGUGGCCUGCAAUCGCCGAGAGAACCGAAAUCCAAUACUCUGACGUUAUUUUGCUUGGUGAAAUUGAGCCGCAGAACUUCGACCCAGAUCUGGACCUCAGCUCUCAAAGUAAUCUCCAAACAUAUUCCUCAUACUGCUACUCUCCGCUCCCAGUUUCAGAGGCUCAAACGCCUCAAAAUACCAGAAAAUCUGAGAAGAGGUGCAUCAAAAGCUCAACUAGUGCCCAGACGACCUCCAAAGCUGAUCUCUCCUCCAGCUCCUCUAGCUCCUCCAUCUACUCCAAUGUCCUCUUCUCUCCAACGCUGAAAGGUCCCCCUACACCUGAUCCAUCCCUCUCCUACCUCCACUCCAAUGACUGGCAGCAAAGCGCUGUCAAUGACGUUAAGCUGCAGCUAGGUGGAGACAGUGAGCCGUCUCUGCAGAGCAGGAACGCCACCAUAUCUGACUCACCUCUCUCACAAACAGAUGAACUAAAAUCCUUCCGUCUUUUUCUGAGUCAGCAUCAAAGCCCUGUCUCCUCUUCUGACUUCAGCAGCAUCUUUCGUUCCUCCGUCCUGCCUCCUCACCCAGCUGACGUCGCGUCACCCCAACACACUUUUUCUCGAAGCCUCAACAACUCGGUUCCUUCGCUGCAGCCCGACACCUUCACUCGCCCCGGUGAUACUUUUACUGGGACUUUUUCACCUUUUCCUCUCUCUGAUUUUGUGGAUUUCUCUCUCUGUCCUAUGGAGUGUGAUCCUUACAUCUCCUCUGCUAUUUAGUUUCAUGCCAGGGACUUAAAAAAAAUAUAUGUUUUAUUACAGUGUCCAUAAAGCAUAUGCACAGCCCCUUUGUCUUUUUUAUUAAAACGUUCAGUUUUUUCUUUACAACACAAUCCAAUCAAUUACAUUAUUUAAUCUUUACAAGUGGAUUGUCUAUCAGAAACUAAUUUUCGGAUUAUUUUAAAUCAGUCUGAUCAAGAAAUUCGUUUUUCUCCGGCAUUCUUUAAUGCUGAGUAUCCAAAACAUUUUUAAAGCAAUAGUUAAACAUUUUGGGAAAUACACUUAUUUAUAGACUUCAUUUGCUUACCGUAUCUGGUUCCCCCUGCUUCCAGUCUUUAUGCUAAGCUAAGCUAAUCGGCUGCAGGUUGUAGCUUCGUAGUUACUGUACAGUCAUGCCGGUGGUGUCGAUCUCUUCAUGUAACUCUGUAGGCAAGAAAGACAAUAAGCAUGUUUCUCAAAACAUCUAACUAUUACUUUAUUUUAACUACUAAGUUUGAAUAUGACAAGACAAAGGAGGUUGAACAGUUUUUAUGGACACUAUUAUCUGUGAUUGACUUGUGACAUUUUUGUACAUGUUUAAACCACUGUGACUGUUUUAUAAUGUUUUUUGACAAUGUGCUACUGUACACAGCUCAUACAUAUUGUACUGAAUGUUUGAGCCAUGGCUUGAAUACUGAGGAAUGUAAAUAACACAAAACGCAGCUUGCAACACCGUCUUCUGUACAUAUUGUAUACACUGAUGUGCCUGUUUUAUUUUUCUUUAUUCAGUGCGCCUUUAUUUAUAAAUGUGCUAUCAUACAUACGACCUAUUUAGGAUGUUCCUACCAGUUAACAGCAUCUCUUCUCCCCUAUACAUAUUUUUUCAGUUACAUACUUGCAAUGUGACCCCUUUAGAGUUUUUUUAGUUUCCCCAUUUUGCUUUGAAAACUCACAUAUCUGAAAUUCAGACCUCUUAAAACGCUGCUCAACCUUACAAUGAGCCAUUGUUUGUAUCAGUGUUUGUAACUGAUUACUUCAGGAAUGAAGUUAUUUUCAGUCUAUGUUAUUGGUACAGUAUGUUUGUGCAUUCAAAUCAAUGCGUCACCAUUUCCACAUUAAAA